GGUGUGUGAGGGGCUGCGUUGCCCGGGGUAAGAUGGCGGCCGUGACCGCGCUGAGGAGCAGCUGCCGAGCCGCGGGGCGCCUGUGUCAUUACUAAAUCACUACCUGCAUUGGUUACCAAAUGUUAGAAACACACGGAAAUCAUUGUGAAACUUCACAUUUAGAAAUAGUUCAGAGAUUUGAUGUGCUCCUUGUGAUCAUCUUCACAGGUGUGCUGUUUUCUGGCUCCUCUAAGAAGAUAAUUUCUAAAUUUUACAGUUUUGAGCUACUUGAGGUGUGCAUUCACCGUGUUAGAUGGUGCAGCAGCAUUCGUGUUAUAAAAUCAAAAUAUGUGUGCGUGUUUGACAAAUCUGCCCUCAAGUUUAGUCAUCAACAGCGAUUAUUCAGAACAUCUGCUGUUUCAUGUGGCCAGAUUGUCCAGUUUAAGCUUUCUGACAUUGGAGAAGGGAUUACAGAGGUGACUGUAAAAGAAUGGUACAUAAAAGAAGGUGACAGUGUGUCUCAGUUUGACAGUAUCUGUGAAGUACAAAGUGAUAAGGCUUCUGUUACUAUUACGAGUCGUUACGAUGGCAUCAUUAGAAAACUCCAUUACAGUAUAGAUGAUAUUGCUUUUGUUGGAAAACCAUUAGUGGACAUUGAAAUUGAUGCUUCUAAAGGUUUUGCCUCAGAAAAAGAUGUUGUGGAAACCCCUCCUAUGUCUCAUGAAGAGCACACUCACCAAGAGAUAAAAGGUCACAAAACAUUAGCAACCCCUGCAGUUCGUCGCCUGGCCAUGGAGAACAAUAUUAAAUUGAGUGAAGUUGUUGGAACAGGGAAGGAUAACAGAAUCCUUAAAGAAGACAUACUCAAUUACUUGGCCAAACAAACAGGAGCUAUUUUACCUCCAUCACCAAAGGCUGAAAUUGUCCCACCUUUGCCAAAAUCAGAGACUGUGCCAGCUACUCCAAAGGACAAAGCACGCAAAAUCCCAGUACCUGUUUCCAGACCCAUUGUGUUUUCAGGAAAAGAUAGAACUGAACCUGUAACAGGUUUUCAGAAGGCAAUGGUAAAGACUAUGAGUGCAGCCCUGAAGAUACCCCACUUUGGUUAUUGUGAUGAGAUUGAUUUGACUCAGCUUGUUCAGUUGCGAGAAGAGCUGAAGCCUCUGGCUGAAAUCCGUGGAAUUAAGCUUUCCUUUAUGCCUUUCUUCAUAAAGGCAGCCUCUCUGGGAUUAUUGCAGUAUCCCAUUCUUAAUGCUUCCUUGGAUGAAAACUGUCAAAAUGUCACAUAUAAGGCUUCACACAACAUUGGAGUUGCGAUGGACACGGAGCAAGGUUUAAUUGUCCCAAACGUGAAAAAUGUCCAAGUGUGUAGCGUGUUUGACAUUGCUUCUGAAUUGAAUCGCCUACAGUCCUUGGGCUCUGCAGGCCAGCUGGGAACAAGUGACCUCACUGGGGGAACAUUCACACUUUCAAAUAUUGGCACAAUUGGUGGCACUUAUGCCAAACCAGUGAUACUACCUCCUGAAGUAGCUAUUGGAGCACUUGGAAAGAUACAGGUUGUUCCUCGGUUUAAUGGGCAAGGUGAAGUAUUUAAGGCACAGAUAAUGAAUGUGAGCUGGUCAGCUGAUCACCGCAUCAUUGAUGGAGCGACCAUGGCCCGGUUUUCUAACCUGUGGAAAUCUUACGUGGAGAACCCUGCUUCGAUGCUGCUGGACCUUAAAUAAAGGAACCCAUGGCUAGAACAUGCCUUUAAACUUUGUGGUUUAGACUGAAUAGUUAUGAAAGCUGUCUCUGCUAACAUGUGCCCUUGGCUACGUGCAUUAUAUAAUAAUGUUAUGUGGUUAAAAGUUCUCAACAGUUGAUAUCAGUCUAUCAAUUAGUCGUUACUUCUUUUAAUUAUUAGUGCUGUAAUUUUUUCUACAGCAGACUGUCAAACUGAAUAGGUCAAGGCUUCUGAAUAUGGUGGUGGAAUGUCUUUAUUGUGCCUUUUAUAAUAAUUGUCAGGCUGGUGGGACUGAGUGACGCUGCUCUACACCUGCAGUAUUUAUAAUCUGAUUAACCUGUCUUAAAGGGGAAUACUCCUAGUUCUUCCAUGUUGGACACGUAAAUUUAUUUUAACCAAUAAUAUCCAGAUUCCCAAAAGGAGUUAUGCAAAAAUCAUAUACAAAUAAAAUGUCUUUAAUA